CUGAGUCAGAAUCCCUGGCUGCAGCCCACCCAGCCCCCUCUGCUGCAGGCUUCAGCCGGACCGGGCGGGCUGCGAGGCGCUUUCCGGAGCUCCCGGGACUCCACGGCCGGGGCUGGAUUUUUUGUGUUUGCUCGUUUCAGCUUCAGCUUAACACCCCGGGCUGCCUGCAGUGAGGGCUGCAGGCGCUGGGUUUCCCCAGGACAGAGGCGCCCUCCCGCACACGCGCGCCCUGCCGUGCUCUGCCUCGCAGGAUGCCUGGACCCCAGUGGAAGGUCAAGCGGAGCUGGUUUAAAGUGCUGGUGGGUUUGAUAGCAGUGGCCUUGGCUUAUUCCUACAACGUGGACCUGGAUCACCCGGUGGUCUACCAGGGGCCCAAUGGCUCCUUCUUUGGCUACUCGGUGCUGGAGCAUUACUACGAUAACACCCGCUGGGUCCUGGUUGGUGCCCCGAAGGCAGAUUCUAAAUACAGCGCCUCCGUUAAAUCCCCAGGAGCUGUCUUUAAAUGUCGAGUCCACACCAAUCCUGAGAGGAGGUGCACAGAGCUGGAUAUGGGUCGAGGCAAUACUCGGGGCACGCUCUGUGGAAAGACCUGUAAGGAGGAUAGAGAUGAUGAAUGGAUGGGCGUAAGCCUGGCUAGACAGCCCAAGGCUGACGGAAAUGUGCUGGCCUGUGCCCAUCGCUGGAAAAACAUCUACUAUGAGACAGAGUAUGUCCUCCCUCAUGGUUUCUGCAAUAUCAUCCCACCCAACCUCCAUUCCAAUGGUCGAAAAUUGUUGCCCUGUUAUGAAGAGUAUAAGAAGAAAUACGGGGAAGAGCAUGGCUCGUGUCAGGCUGGAAUAGCAGGCUUCUUCACUGAGGAGUUGGUCAUCAUGGGAGCACCGGGAUCUUUUUACUGGACAGGAACUGUUAAAGUGUUGAACCUCACUGACAACACCUAUUUCAAACUGAAUGAUGAUGCUGUGAUAGCCAGGCGGUACACAUACUUAGGAUACGCAGUGACAGCAGGUCAUUUCUCCCAGCCGACUACCACAGAUGUCGUAGGAGGAGCUCCCCAGGAUGGAGGCAUUGGAAAGGUUUAUAUUUUCAGAACAGACAGGGGAUCAGGCUCCUUAAUAAAGAUUUUUCAGGCAUCGGGAAAAAAGAUGGGCUCUUACUUUGGCUCCUCCUUAUGUGCAGUUGAUCUGAACUCAGAUGGACUUUCAGACCUGCUGGUUGGAGCACCCAUGUUUUCUGAAAUCAGGGAUGAAGGUCAAGUCACAGUCUAUAUCAACAGAGGAAAUGGAGUCCUGGAAGAGCAGCUUGUUCUGAACGGUGACAAUGCCUACAAUGCACACUUUGGGGAAAGCAUGGCCUCCUUAGGAGAUAUUGAUGAUGAUGGCUACUCAGAUGUCGCCAUUGGGUCCCCAAAGGAGGAUGACUACGUAGGAGCGGUGUAUAUCUACCAUGGAGACGCAGGUGGCAUUGUUCCGCAGUAUUCUAUGAAACUGUCUGGGCAAACUAUAAACCCAAUGCUGCGGAUGUUUGGCCAGUCCAUAUCAGGAGGAGUUGAUAUGGAUGGAAAUGGUUAUCCGGAUGUGACCAUUGGGGCCUUCAUGUCAGACAACGUGGUGCUUCUAAGAUCUAGACCUGUCAUUACAAUGGACAUCUCCAUUUUCCUGCCAGCUUCCAUCAAUAUCACAGCUCCCCAGUGCCAAGAUGGCUUGCAGCAGGUGAACUGCCUCAAUGUCACAGUCUGCUUUCUUUUUAACGGCAAACGUGUUCCAGGAGAAAUAGGUUUGAAUUAUAUCUUGUCUGCAGAUGUAGCAAAGAAAGAAAAAGGCCAACAGCCCAGGGUUUACUUUGUGUCUUCUGGAGAAACAGUGGGACAGAUUGUCGAGCAGUUACAGCUGUCGUACAUGAGGGAAAAGUGUGAUCACUACCUAGCCUACGUGAAGAGACGAGUCAAAGAUGUGAUAUCCCCAAUUGUGUUUGAAGCGGCAUACAGUCUGGGGGAACAUGUGAUGGGAAAGGAGGAGAAGGAACUACCUGCUCUUAAGCCCAUUCUCCGCUGGAAGAAGGGAGAGAAGAUAGCUCAGAGAAAUCAGACUAUUUUUGAGAGGAAUUGUCAAUCAGAUGAUUGUGCUGCUGAUUUGAAACUUCAGGGUAGAUUAUUGCUGUCUAGUGUUGAUGACAAAACCCCCUAUCUGGCAUUGGGAGCAGUAAAGAACAUUUCACUUAAUAUCUCCAUCUCUAACAUUGGGGAUGAUGCCUAUGAUACCAACGUGUUCUUCAACUUUUCCAGGGAGCUCUUCUUUAUCAAAAUGUGGCAAAAGGAAGAGCUGGGCAUUGCUUGUGAGCUGCUGGAGUCAGACUUCCUCAAGUGCAGCGUGGGAUUUCCUUUCAUGAGAUCGAAGUUGAAGUAUGAGUUCAGUGUGAUCUUUGAUACAAGCCACUUGUCCGGGGAAGAGGAGUUUCUUACAUUCCUUGUCACGGCACAAAGUGGAAACCUAGAACACUCUGAAUCACUACAUGACAACACUCUCACCCUGUCUGUGCCCCUGAUGCAUGAAGUGGACUCAUCUAUCACUGGAACUGUCUCCCCGACUUCCUUUUUCUAUGGAGGGUCUGUGGAAGCAUCCAAUUUUGUUCAGCUGGAGAAUUAUGAAUGUCUUUUUCAGCCUCUCAACUUCACUCUUCAGGUUUACAACACUGGACCAAGCACACUCCCCGAAUCUUUUGUUGACAUUUUGUUUCCUAACCGCCUCUCUGCCAGUGGGGCUGAAACUUUUCACAUUCAGCAGAUGAUGGUUGCUCAGGAGAAAGGAAACUGCUCUUUUCAGAAAAACCCUAACCCAUGUGUCAUUCCUCAAGAAAAUGACAAUAUUUUUCAUACCAUCUUUGCUUUUUUUACCAAGUCUGGCAGGAAAGUACUGGACUGUGAAAGACCAGGCAGGUCCUGCUUAAUUGUACGCUGUAACUUAAGCUCACUAGCAAAAGCAGAAUCCCGCAAUAUAGAUGUUUACAUGCUGCUAAAUACAGAGAUAUUAAAGAAGGACAGUUCAUCAGUCAUCCAGUUUGUGACAAGGGCGAAGGUGAGGGUGGACACAACACUCAGGAUUGUGGAAGUGUCUAAUGGGAAUCCUGAAGAUGCAACAGUGGUCUUUGAGGCCUUGCACAAUAUGGAGCCUCGUGGUUAUGUUGUGGGAUGGAUCAUUGCUAUUAGUUUGCUGGUGGGAAUUCUCAUCUUCCUGUUGUUGGCUGUGCUGUUAUGGAAGAUGGGCUUCUUUCGCAGGAGAUACAAAGAAAUCAUUGAGGCUGAGAAGAACAGGAAGGAGAAUGAAGAUAGUUGGGACUGGGUCCAGAAAAAUCAAUGAACUGCCAGAAAAAAGGGUCAUGUGACACACACUUGCUAGCCUAUUGGUCCUGCUCUUGUAUCUUCCAUAUGUGGAAGAAGGAAUCUUCUCCAGAUUUUUCGGAGGCCCUGUUGAUGCUGUGUUCUUCAUCAUCCUAACAAGCUAGGGAACAUAUCCUGAGGCAACCACUGCAGCCAUGUCUGGUGACUGGAGCGAUUUACAUUUCCUGAAAGAGUUGAACUUUGAACUUUGGUAACCAAGCUGCGGUGCAGAGCAAUAUUUAUGAAUCCAACAUAUGUGGUAUACCCUCAGGGGAAGACUGAUACCUAAAAGUAUUUUUAUAAAUAUAAGCUUUUUAUACUGAUUAUGUCUUUAUAUUUGUAUCAAUGUUUUAUUGUUUCUAUUGAAUAGCUAUAUAGUUCACUCAAGCACUGAUAUCUGGCUAAAACCUUGGAAAUACAUAUAUGUAUAUAUAAAUCUUAUUGUACUUUUGAACUUCAAUGCAAAAAAAAAAAAGACUUUCAGAUGAAACUAGUUGAAAAACCUCACAUAGCAAAUCCACAAGGCUUGGUAAUGUAUAUAGAUCAUUUAAUGGCAAUAAGCCAAAGUCUUUUCACAUUUUUUAAGCUGAAGUUGAUUUUUGAGUUAUGAGCUAAAGAACCUAAAGUAUUACUCACAUAUGAUUUUCUGCAUUUGAAUUUAUCCGUUACUAAUCUGAGUUGUGGGAAACAAUUACUCGCAGCCAACUAACAAGAAUUAUAGUUCCACGUUGCCUCUUGUAUUUCAGGAAUAUAACCUUUUGGUCACAGGGCAUAUUGCACUGAAGAAAGCAGUGAAGAAUGUCUUCCUUUGGCCAACUCUGUCUCCCACAAUCUGUAAUCCUUUGACAAUGGGCAACAAGAUACUGCAAGGAUAUAAUUGGGCCAACCACUUAUACAUCAACUAAUUACUUUGGGUUAAAAAUGGAAUUAAUUAUAUCAAAAUUCAUGAUAUAAAAGAUGGUCUUUGAUAUUGUUAAUGGUCAUAAUCUGUUUCACAUGUUGCUGUACAAGCUAGUGCUACAUAGCUACACCGACCAUUAUGCCGGCAUCCAG